AUGACAAGUAUACAGACUGAGCCGGGGCAGAUGUUGUUGGAGUCGCGCUUUGCCGUGCUCGUCAACCGAGGCCUCGCGCUCUUCAAGUCGCUUGUGGCUGGCCUGAGCGAUGAUGCAGUCAACCGUUCUCAGGCCGUCUCACACGCCGCAAAAUUCAAACUAUGGGCGGGAAGCCUCGGAGCACACCGCUCGUUCGGCAGCCGUUCACUCGAGUAUCGGCUCCGCGACGCAUCCUUUAUCCGCAACCAUAUUCUCUCCGUGCUGCAGGACCUUUCCAUCUCAUUGAUCACUGGAGGCAGCGCGCCGCCCGUGUCGGGGGAAGCGCCAGAUACUACCCUGGAGGAGCUGGCAGAGUAUUUUCUAGACAGCGAAGAAGAGCAAGAGGACAACAUGGAUGCCAUCGUCAAGAGUAUCGGGCAUGAGAUUAACUGCCUGCUGCGUCUGUCCGUCACGAUACGAAAUCCGGCGCCGCAUGAUCAGUUCAAGUCCCGGGCAGGCGCCGAGAUAGUCCAGCACUUCAAGCACUGGGACAUGCAACAUAUGCAAGCGAAGUUCCCCAAUGCGGAUGAUUGGGUCAAGGAGCGGCUGGCCGGAGCGACAUCCCGUCGGCGGCAGUACCUCAAAUACCGAGAGGAUCACACUCUGCGUCUGACGGACGGUUUGGAAGAGGACGCUGCAGUGGCCGCGGCGGAUUCCGUCGAGCGCGCAACGACACUGGCCUCGUCACUGCCGGAGCAUCUGAAAGGGGUUCAGGGUCCGACAGAGCCACUGAUGAGCGACAACAUAUCGGAGGCCUCCGGGACGUCGUAUGCAACUUCCGUCUCUUCAACACAUCGGCUUCGCAUCCCACCGCUCCCAGCGCAGCAUGAAGAUGGGCCAAUCAAAUGCCCGUUUUGCCACAUGUUUAUCCUGGUACACAAUCGCAGUGAUUGGAAGCGCCACGUCUUUCGAGAUCUUCAGCCGUACGUCUGUCUCCGAGAGGACUGCUCCGUUCCGGAUCACCUCUACCCACGUCGCGCGCACUGGAUGGAGCACAUGAAAGCAGAGCAUUGGAAAAUCUGGCACUGUGCCUUUGGUUGCCCUGAGUUGUUCGAGUCCAAAAAGGGGCUGCAGGCGCAUUUGUGUGCAACGCACGGGCAGGAGAUGUCAGGCGCCAAGCUGGCCAGCCUCGAGAGUCUCAGCGGUAGAGUGGAUAUCGGCAAGCCCAGGGAAAACUGCCCCCUCUGUGCCAGCUUUUGGUGCAAGUCGGUGCAACAGUACGAGGAGCAUGUCGGGCGACACCUGGAAGAUUUGGCACUUUUUGCGUUGCCCAGCACAGGAGACGACAACGGGAGCGAGGGGAGUGAGGCCGAGGAGAACAGUCGUGCCGGCAGCGAUGAUGAUGCUCUAGCUGAAUUUAGUUUUCAAGUUGGGGUUGGUAUGGAGUUGAUUAGCUGGCGACACAGUGACGCCGACUGGAGCGAGGGAAGUGAUGCUAAGAAGAACAGUGGUGCCGCCAGCGAUAAUGGUAUCCCAGCAGAAGAUGUUGAAGAUUUUCAAAGCUGGCAACUUAGAGAGGAUUUCUUUGCUGAGAUGGUUCUUGGCGAAAAAUCCAAGCAAGUUCAAUGUUCAACUGAGUCCACCCCGGAGGAGGAGCAGGAGGCUAGUAGUGGCACUGCGGCCAAUGAAUCGCGCCGAACUCGCGGUGUUGAUGCCACGGCGCCAGCAAGCAAUUCGAACGCAGCCAGCCAUGCAUCUGCCUGCUGGAGCGUUUCUGAAUCCAACGACUUCCCGCUGCUGCUGGCGUCGUUUGGCAGCGACUGGAACGCCAUUAGCCACCACAUGCGGUCCAAGACUGCCGUCAUGGCUAAGAAUUAUUAUAUACGGCAAAAAGUCCAAGCAAAGCCCGAGUGGGAGAGGAUUGUUCUAGAAGCCGACGCCAAGCGGAUGCGCGACGAGGCGAUGCCACGGCCGCCAAAGCCCACAAGAUACGACCGUUUCGGACGAGAUGACAGUCCAGUGGUUGCAGCGGACCUAUCAUGGCUAUAG